AUGUCUACCAGACGUGACUACCCGAGGCGGGACAUCGGGAACGCGACCGUGUCAGAGACCGUGAUCGUGACUACAGGGACAGAGACCGUCGGGGUGGCGAGUAUCGCGAUGGAGGACGGAGACAUAGUCGUUCGAGGAGCCCUCCGCGUAGAGGCGACAGGGAUCGCCGGAGAGACGUCAGGGACUAUGACCGAGACCGCGGCGACGAUAGAAGGGACAGAGGCCCUCGAGACGAUCCUCGACGCGACAGCAGAUAUGAACGUGAUAGACCCACUAGAGGACAUUAGAGACAAAGACGGUCGUCCUGCUGAUGUCAGGGAAAGCCGACCUCCCCCAGAACGCUCAGAGUUGAAAGAUCCAACCGCACCCCAGUCAAGAUCUGAAUCAGUCCCUGAAACGUCUAAAGCAUUGCGUUCGAUUGGCCGAGAUGAGUCCACUGAGCCUGCAGAUGGCGCAGAAGAGGGUGAAGCUAUGGAUGAUGCCACGAAUGACGAUGAUGCAGCUAUGAUGGCUAUGAUGGGUCUUACUGGGUUUGGGACAACCAAGGGCAAGCACGUGGAAGGUAACCAGGAAGGCGCUGUGGACGUCAAGAAAAUGAGGACUUGGAGACAAUACAUGAAUAGACGCGGAGGGUUCAACAGGCCUCUGGACAAGAUCAAAUAGACCGGUUGAAAUAAUGUCAACGUCUCGGUACCUCUUUCUUUUGCCCUGAGCCUCCCUCCCCCCAAAAAAACCAAUAAAUAGUUACCUACUACAGGUCCCUGCAGUGCUGGUCAACUAGUCCUGUUCACAGCUUUGCUUUGUAUUAUACGUUUCUGUUGACCGCAAACUGUGGCAUGGUGGCUGAUCCACUACCAGAUUCUCGAGACUCAUCACACCCGAAUCUUUGACAGAGG